AAUUUAUUUCUAAAGAGAAAAUAUAUAAAUACGAUUGUUGCACGCCAUAUUCAUGGCAUAUACAAACAAGAACCACAUUCGAUUAUAGUUAACGGGAAGAAGUUAAAGUCACUAAUAAAUAAAUAUGCCGAAAACAAUUAUGGUAGGAUUGAAUAUCGAUGAAAAAAUAAAAAAGAAUGUUCCUGACGUCAAGAAGAUCAAUGAUCAGAAGAGAUUGAAAAACAAAUCAACUCUUAUUUCGACAAACGCCAAUCGUAAAAAACGCAUUGCCCUAAAGAUACUUCAAGAUUUCACUGAUUCUAGUUCGUUACAUGGUGUAAAAUAUCUUGGAAUACAACCUAUCGUUAUCAGUUACACGGGAAAAUUUUUAUGGCUUUGUACAAUGAUCACUGGAAUCGUCGGUAUAGAUAUAAUGUUGAAAAAAUUGUUGCACCGCUUGGAUGAAAAUCCGACAGAAUAUUUCGUAAAUACAUUUCAUGCACCGAUAUUUCUCGCCGCAUUUCCUGCUAUCACAAUUUGUCCUAGCAAACUGACCAUGUUAAAAAUGCAAAUGGAUUUAAUGCGGCAUGUAAAAUUGCCUAAAAAUAUGAGUAUCGAGGAAGCGAUGUUUUUCGUCAGAUAUGGAGCUGAGAUAACCAUAUUGGAAUUUGGAGAAAACGAUGAACAUUUAAAAAAAUUUAAUGCAUUUUUAAAAGAGAAUAAAUGGCAAUUAAUAGAUUUUUUGAAAAUAUUCUAUCCUUGUGAAAAUAUGAUCGAAUCAUGUUGGUGGCACGAAAAGAAAAUAAAUUGUACUGAUUAUAUAAAACAGUCUUAUACCAAUAACGGAAUAUGUUGUUCUUACAAUUAUUAUUUGGAACAUCUUAUGACAAAUAAAAUACGUUAUCAAGAAGUACCUGUACUUCGUACGGCUCGUUCUGGAUCAAAAUCUGGUCUGACCAUAAUAUUCAAUCGUGAUUUAUUCUUCGAAGAUAAUAAAACAAAAAUUACGAAUUUCGUAAACAAUAUAAAACUUUUUGUUUAUAUUCAUCACACUUUGAGUUAUCCAAACGACGAGACUAUUGGAUAUACUUUGCAAAAAGGAGAAGGAUUAAUGCUGGGAGUGCAACCGAUUAUUAAAAAAAAACCAUCAACUCUUUAUCACGAAUACUUCAAUGGUAUUUUACAACCCGAUUGCAUUUUAAAUUCCGAAAAAAGUCAAUUACGCUUUUUCAUCGAAUAUCAACAAUCAAAUUGCUUUGUCAAUUGUUUGAUCGAAGAUAUAUACAAUGCGUGCGAUUGUCUUCCUUACACUUAUGCACCAAUGGCAAAUUAUACUUCACUCCCGUUAUGCGAAAUGGAUGAUACCAAGUGUUUGUAUAAAUACAUGAAACGUAAAAAGUCGAUAAAUUAUGACAAUUGUUUUUGUGUAAAUCUUUGUGAAGAUACAACAUACCAAAUAUCGUCGAUUAAAUAUUUAUUGAAAGAAACAUCAUUAUCUUCACCACCGAUUUAUCAACAUUUAACGGCUACACAUACAAUUUUAAACGUUUAUUGGAAAAUGGACGCCUUCAUGAUCUUCGAAACGAAAUCAACUUUCAUUGAUUGGAAAAAUCUUGCUGAAGUAGGUGGAAUAUUCAAUCUAUUUCUUGGUUGUAGUAUCAUCAGCGCCGUAGAAAUGUUAUACUUCGUUUAUCUAUUUUUUCGUAAGAUUUUUAAGAAAGAAAUCAAAUUGUAAUCAAGUUAAUACGAAUAAUCCAUAUUGAUGUUGAUAAUAAACAUUGAAUAGCUUUUCUGAAA